CUCUGAAUUUAUCUGAAAUACAAAAAUUGGUAUUUUGUUUAUAAUCUAAUGUAUUCUCUCCUUGCUAUAUUAUAAAUCCUCAUGGUGAUUUUCAGCACAGCAGUUAAUGAGAUACAUCAAAUCUCUGUUAAGACUUAAUUAAAAGACUCUUGUAAUUUGGAUCUACAAAAUGUAUGUUAUAUUCCUAAGUAUUUCCUUUUUAGAAGAGAUGAAAAGAACAGUUUUUCUUUUUCUUUUGCUUGUAACAAAAUACAUACAUUGUCUUGAAUUUUUCCCACAUUUGACUUUACAAAUAUGGUAGAUUUCUGGAGCCAAUGUAUGGAUAAAGUUGUUUGCAGUGAAAUUAUUAAGUAGCUUGUAAUGAAUUCAGUUGGUAUUUGCUUUGUGCUCAUCCAUGACAGUAUGCUAAGGGCAGUCUUGUCAAAUCCAUAGUUUAUUUAACCUCACUGAAAAUCAGAGAUGCUAUACCUGUGAUUGAUUUGAAGCAGAUGAUGUCUAGGAUAGUGAGGAACCUUAUCUAAUUAACAGACACAUUUUCUCCCUUUUUUCUCCCUGCAUGUUUGUCCCUGAAUGCCAGUCUCAUUCUUUGUGUGUUUAAUAUAUUCACAGCUGCAGCACAUGUGACUCUGUAUGGUAGUGUUAAGUAUUUUCAGCUCCUAACAGUCAUGAUUAUACUUGUACCUCAAAGGCACAAGUGCCUCAAAGGUUCAGGCCAUUUGUACGAUACCAUUUUCUGUCUAGCUAAAGCUAAACUGAAAGACUGGAUUCUCCAGUUCCUGCUUGGGGAAUGGGCAUGUAAAGUAAGGGUAGGUUGGCAGCAUGCUGGGUUUUUUUCUUUUUUUGGUGCUCCUGCCCUUGUCUGUGUUGCUUGCUGGCUGCCUCAGGACUAUCCUAACUUGCAUCUAGUCAUCUGUUUACCUCUAUGUUAGCUCUGUUCCAGAAGAAUUUCUUGGUUCCAGAUUUGCUGGUUUUACAGUUCCUAGCUUUUACAGCAGAUCCAGUCUGAAAAUGCUGCCACUGAGCUUUGCAUAUACCUGCUCUGCGUUGUGGUACCUAUGCAUGACGUUAUGGCCUUGGAACAGACCCUGGGUUAGCUGAGCUGAGCUUAAUGUGUGGGGCAAAGGCUUUACGUUUCCCACGUAGGCGACCAUAGUCCCAGUAUGUCACUCUGACAACCAAAGACAGCGUCCUGGCAUGUUUCCUGUUCUUUCUUUCAGUACACUUAGGCACAGGCCAUGCUUUGGCUGAGAAUAAUAAUGAUAACAAACAGUCCUGGAGAUCCAUAGAAGUUAGCUUUUACAGCUUUGAACCCCAGUAGUAAAGACAGGGUCUGUCCAGGUACGUUAAAUCUCAGUCUCAAUCCUCUAUCACUGAGAUGUGAAAAAUCCCACUGUAAAGUAUAAGCUAAAAAGCAAACAGCAGAAUAAGGACAGCAAAAGAACUCAGUUUUGCAUUAAUAGUCACACUGCUUCACAGUUGUCCAGAAACUUCUCUUAAGCUAUGUUGUAUAGGUAGAACUGGCAGUAAUAUGUUUCAGCUUGUUGAGUGUGGGGAAACUUCUGUUUCAGGCAUCUACCUGCAGUUACAGAAUGAGACACUCAUGCUUCUUUAUAACUUGUAUUUUUGUAUUGCAGAGCUCUGUCAUUCAUUCACUAUGUCUCACUAGAUAUUAAUUCAACACUCAUUUCAACCAUUUUACCCAACAGUAGGAAAGAUGUGCGUUUUUACAGCCUCUAUACAGGCACACAAACACUCUGUUGGCUGAGCCUGAGUAAUUAUUUAUUUCAAACAUAUGAAACUUCUGACCUUCAGCUAAUUUCUGAGUGUGCUGUGACUUUUAAGACAAAUGCAAUUAGAAAUAAUAGUAACUUAGAAUAGCCACAUAAUAAUUUAGUAUAGCAAGACAAAUAUUGAGUUUUAACUAAUUUAAUGGUACAGUAUAUUUGUUUCCUUCAAGGCAUAUUUUUUAUUCAGAUUUGUAGUAUUUAGCUUAUCUUAACUUUAGCUAAUGGCUUUCCAGUAGUAAAAGCAACUUUAUAUUGUAAGUACUCUAAUGGAAUGUGCUGAAGAAAUCAGCAACUGUAAAGCAAUUACUUUGUAUUUUACAUGUCAGUUGUAAGAAUUGGAAGAAAGAGAAAGAUGGAUUUCCCUGAGGAGUGAGAGCAAGGAUUUUGCAUGUGAAAGAAUCAUUUCUAGUUCAAAAAGGGGCUGAAAUGUUUAAUAAAAUGAACACACAUACUUAAAUAAUUCAUACAGAUUAACAUAUCUGUAGAAUUAAUGUACACAGAGAAAUGUAUUUUAAAGGUUGUUAUAAAAUUCCCUUGAGCUGUAGUCCUCACAUUGCUGGGGUUCCCAGCUGUCUAGAGAAACGUACCACACCAAUCCGCAAAGGUAUUUACAUUUCCAUGCAUUAAGCGUAGUAAUGUGUGUGAAGAUUGGGGUCUAGCAGAGUACGAUCUAAAUACAUAAUGCAUCUGAAGAAGGAAUCAGUGAAAGCUUUCUGUCUGUGUGUCUAUAUCAGACAAGAUUAUACAGUAGCGUAUGAACUUGGGUCUAUGUAAAUGAACGAGAAAUCUAGUCAAGGGUAAAACAGUUUUCAUUGUGCAUACAGACUUCAAAAAUAUGCUUACUUAUGUAGGAUUUGCUUAUACAGUAUUCCCAUUUGGAAACAAAAUUAUUGAUGUUUCUGAUCAGCCUCUGUUGGAUUAUUCAGCUUUGCAGAUUUCUUCACCUGUGGCACCUGUGGACUCACAAUAUGCAAAAAUGCAUAGAUGCCUAGCUCCUCUUCUGUGUUACAGGGACAGUGUGAACAAGAUCUUGGACUGCAGACCAGUUUGCAGACCAGCAAAGAAGAGAGAAACUGAAAAAGAAGAUAGCCAGAUGUGAAAAAGAAGUGAGUGACGGUAGAAAUGCCUCACGAUCCAGCUCGAGAGAGAGUAGAAGGCUGCUGUCAUCCUCUUUGGGAAAGGACCUAGGUGCAAACGCUGUCUCUUGGAGUUAUACUGCUAAGCAGUUUGAGUACACACAGUAUGAGCCAUCUCUUCUCCAUCGUAUAGUUGUAUGUAAUAGAACUCGUAUUGCAUUAAAUAGUUAUAUAUAAGGAUAAAAUAUAUUAGUUUAUACAAAAUUUUGCUUAUUAUUAGGCUUCUGGUUUCAUUUUCUAACUCUGCAGUAUGACUGUCCUUGGAAGUCAUAAAAUGUCAUACACUCCUCUCGCUGAUGAACAGAAUUGUCAGUGGCUGGUGGUAUUCUAAGACCACUUCAUUUCAAGGGAUGUAGGAAAAGAAUAUACAACAGUUAUCACGUUAAGAUGUUUCCAAAAUAUUCACAGGCACAUUGUAAGCACAUUUACCAGCACACAUUCACUGUCCAAAUAUUUAUGCCUUGAAUUUGCAAAUUUUGUAAAAUUCUCUUAGAACAGAUACAAAAUUUCUUUCUAUUGAACUACUCUUUCUCAUUUUACCAAAAAAAAAAAAAAAAGAAGAAGAGGAGCUUCAAAUGUACGUUAGAGUUAACUGUGUUUCUAUAUCUUAGUUGUCUUUGCCACAGUGUCACAAUACAAUUCAGGAAUAAUGCUGAAUUUUUAAUCAUUAAGAUUUUUUAAAGAAGGCAGAAAAACAGCAUGGUCUUUCCAAAGUAGUUAUUCUUUAACCUUUCUUAAUGAUAGAAUUAGUUUUUAAGUUUUAGUUUUAGGCUACCAACCGUUAUUUAUCUCUGGUAUUAAUGCAACAUUUCUUACUAGACUCAGCCCUACUAAAGCUGAACUUGUUGGAAAACUCCUCAUGGCCUUCCAUAGGGGAGAACUGUGGUCUUGGUCAUCACCGCUCACUGGGUUCCUUAGAAGCAGAAGACAAUGACCGUCUCUUCCCCUGCGCUCAGCGGGCACAGUACUUGCCUAGAGCACUGUCACCUCCUGACGAGCAUGGCUUGGUUCGCUCCAGUCCUGUAAAAUAUGCCAGAAAAGGUUCUCAGAAUACAUCUAAUGCCUCAAACUCAAGUGUCAGUACCUCAAGUCCACCAAGAAAACCCUCUGGAGUUUCAUGCAGUUGCUCCACGAAUAGUUUUGUCAGCACCAGUCAUUCCCAGAGGCGUCAAGAAACUACCUCCAAAGUAUACAGCAGGGAUCUUCUAGACAGGCACUCUGACUUCUUUACUGAUAGCCAAAAACCAUUUACUCCACGCACCUUAAUAUCAGAUGCUAAAUCCUUCCUGUCACAGUACAGGUAUUACACUCCUGCUCGAAGGAAAAGGAAAAAUCGCAAUAAGCAGCAGGUGGAUGCUGAAACACAGACUGAUGUAAUCAGCUUUCCCUCUGCAGACAAAGCCUCUGAGAGAAAAGUUAUGACUGAAUAUCAGAAGAUCACAGUGAAGGCUGAAGAUAAAAGGCAAACUGUGGAUAAGCCUGAGGGAACAUCUGCUUUUCAGUACUCCUUCCCAAGAGCAACACCCUUGUAUUCUGAGCCACCUUCAGCAAGGAGGAAAAGCCAGUCUGAAGAAGAGGAGCUUUUAUAUCUGACUUUCAUUGAAGAUGUUACAAAUGAAAUUCUUAAGCUUGGUCUAUUUUCUAACAGAGUUCUGGAACAAUUGUUUGAGUGUCAUGUACAAGAAAAUAAGCACCGUUUGGAUGAGAACAAAAUGCGCCAUCUAUUGGGUGUCCUUAAAGUGGACCUUGGUUGCAGCCCAGGCAGAAGUGCUGAGCAAAUCCAUGCAAACUGGGAAGCGUUAGAUCUAGAGACAUUUGAUACAAUGGAACGGCUCAAGUUUACCAGUAAAAGUCGAAGACAAAGAAAAGCUACAAAAAGUGAAGAAUUCUUUAAGGCUAUGGAUUUAUUAUUGAUGGAACCAAACAAAUGCAAAUCACCGGUGUGUUUUGAAAAUUCAAAGGAGAGACAGAACAAGGAUGACUUUUCAGUAGAUGUUGCUGAAAGGAUGAAUGCUGGGACAGACUCUCACUCUUCUGCGAAAUCUGAAGAAGGCCCAGAAACUUCACCCACAUUUGAUGCAACUUUAAACUCUAUUACUUGUGACAGUGAUUUGGAAACCAACAAGGACCUUGAUGACCUUGAAGAAGGCUUUGCAGAGGCCCUUCAGCUAUCACCUGGCUAUCCAGAGUAGUAGCCAAAAUUUAGCUGUUAAAUAGGGAUGGAGAUAGUUCUGUGGAGAACUGCCAUGCACUAAAUAAAUAGUAGUAAAUUAUUUGUUUCAUCUUCAGUGUUUCUGUUUAAAGACUGCUACAGUCUCUCUAGCAGGGUAUUAUUAAUCAGGCAUGAAUUGAUCUCUGUACUAAUGUAGACUGUAAAGGGUAAAGUCAAUCAUCAAAAAGUUUUUGUAUAUUUUGUCUAUAAUUGUAUAACCCAGAAUUAACUUUUGAGAAUAUAAAAAUUAAUUUAUAUUUUUAGGAAGCUUUAGCUAUAAUAGUAAAUUAUGAAAUAUUUAUUGUUUUUAUUUAUAACAAAUAAAGUAAUUAAUGAUACAGUUCCUGCAAUCAGGAUCCAAGAUUUCUGUAUUUUGCAAGACGCAUUCAGCUUAUCCACAUCAAAACACGGUACACUGCAUAGCUGCAGAACAGAGACAGAACUGUUUGUCCAGGCUGGAAGAAGGUGGAAUUUUGUGUCAUUUGGAACUCAGUCCAUUGUUUAAUGUGAAAUCGCAAUGGGGCAUGAAGUUCUUUCUUACAAUCUUUUAUUCUUUUAUAAUACUUGUAGAAUAUGAGGAACAUACUGUUCCCUAACAUUACCUAGAGUGAAAUAAGGAAUGAUUGUGGACAGGCAGCUUUCCAAACAUAAGAACUUCUUUCUGAUGCUGGUAAAUGAUCAUUCCUUCUUCAUGCCUCAACCCUGAAACUCAGCCCUCUUAUUCCUCGUACCAAAAAGGAAUUCCUUGUACGAAAAGAUAUAAAGAGCCAUUUUCCAGCAUCAGCUGCUCUCAAGUCUUUGCUUAACCUCCGGUCAGCUUUCGUGCCUGAAAAGGGUAUUUAUUUAUCUCUAGCCACUACUGGGCUUGCUUUUGUGCUGUUUAAUCCUGGUUGUCCAUGAUUCGGCUGAUAUUUCUGGAAAGUGAAAAUUGCAACAGUUUUCAAACUGCACAACACUAAAAUAUACAGUUCAAUUUCUUGCACCAAUGACAGCUUUGGCUUCAUGUUCUGUACUGAGCUUUUCUUUUGGAGGAAAAAAAAAGAAUGAGUUGGGUACUGAGGACUAGGACUACCCAGUGUAACAGACACAGCAGGCAUCUUGUACAAUGAAUGGAGAAAAGGUGGUCUGCUUUAAAGUUUAAAUUGAAGUAAGUGCAUGCAUUGCAUAACCAAAAAGUUCUUUGUCUAAUCGGAGUGCAAUUAUUGCCUGGCAUUUUGUGUUACUGAGGAACAAGCCUGUCCCAAAAUCUCCUCUGAGGACAAACCCACGUGGCUACAGUUCACCUGCCUGCACAUGCAGCUAACCCACCUGCCUCCCCGUAGGUCAUGCCUGUAUGCAGAGAUUGUUACUUUUGUGAGCUAAAUGACCAGUUACAGUGAGCUACAAGUAGCUCCAAUUGACAUAGACCACAGCUGCACUUAUUUUUCUUAAACUUUUUGGAAAUUAUCAUCCCAAAAAAUUUAAGGAAAAAAAACCUUAAAAAUAAAAAAAAAAACACUAUCAAGUAAAAGCCACAUUUCUGGCACAGUCAUGAGCAUUGCAGUACAGUACAUAAUUCCCAGAGAAACAAAAGGCACUUUCCUGGCUGUCUUGGCCAUAACAGUAAAUUACACUUGCUGACUAUGCCAGCAGAGUAGGGCUUAUUUUAGCCAUGUGUAUGUGACUGUGCAGGCAGGCACUAGCCAUUCAUCACAGCAUGCAGCUGGCUUUCUUUUAAGUCUGGCCUUCAGCUAGAGCUCUCUGGCUCAGUGAAAAGCAGGGAAGAGGAUGUGAGGAUUUUGUAUCCCUCCAUCAAAGCCCGUCUUGUUGAAAAGACAGACACCCACACAGCUGAUGCAGUACAGUGCAGGGAUAGUUUGUCCCAAGUUACAGGUUUGUUGUGAUCAAAUCCCUUUUCCCAGGGGCUGGGAAAUAGCCUCUGCAUUCCUUGCCCCAGAGAAUUGGAGGACAGGGUGCACCAAGGGAACUACUGCCUGCAUCUGCACAAAAGACUUCAAGCCAGGCUGACUGGUCAGGUCUGGUGGAUACAGCUACAGAACUAAAGAAAGUGGUUAGUUAGACAUGUUCAAAUAUAAAGCCUCUCUCCUCUUCAACCAGGAUUUCACCUCUUGCCUGGGACCCUCCUUUCAGAGAUCCCCAAGCCUGUUAUGUAGACAUACCAACCUUGGUCAAUAAUGGAACUUUAUUUUUUUUUUCUAAUCAUUCUCUGUAUAACUUGCAUGUCUUAAAAAGGGACACUCAAUAAACUUUGGCUUGUGGUCAGCGUGAGUCUGAUUAAAGAUUAACAGGAAUUUUGCAUUAAAAGCAAUUUCAGCAGUGAAAGUGACAGUGACAUCACUGCAGAAAAAAGUGCAAUUAAUGACAGUCAUUUCCUGUAGUAUGAGUAACAAAAAUAAAAUAUGUAACAGUUCUUUGA